AUGAUGGCCAAAACAAACCAUGAUCGAUCCUCAUCUGCACCAUCAUCAUCGUCGUCAUCCACAACACCUCGGAAUUUCACUAAUGAUACAGAAAUUGAUGAUACUCCCAAGUCAUCUCCCAUAUUAGUACAAAAUUCAAUGGGCAAUGAACAUGUCAUUGUUCAAUCACAACAACAACAACAAUUUCAACCAAUCAAAAGCCAACAACCAUCCAAAGUUCGAGAACGAGUCCAACAAUUGAACAAGAAUGCUUCCUCUAAUUCUCACCAAUUACGUACAAGUCGUAGUAUCAAUAGUCGUGACAUUUCACAAAAGAACACAUCAAAUUCUACAUUCAAAUUCUCAUUAUUAAAAACUUCCGAAAACUCAAAACAUCAUCCUGUAUCUUCUCAUCCCAUUCAUCCAACAACCAUUUCCACACAACAACAACACCAGCAAUGGUCACCACAACAUUUGGUCCUUCCUUCUCCUACUUUUCUCAACCAAAAUGAUUCAACAAUUUCUGUCCUUUCAUCAUCAAAUUCACAAAUUCCAAAGAAUAUUCAACAAUCAUCUUCUCACACUCCUAACAAUCGAAAAAAUCGAUCCAAAUCGAAACAACAACUUUUUGAUGAAGUUUUUGAACAAUUAGAGCAAUUAGAUGAAUUAUAUUUUGAUAAUAUGGUUUCUGAGGAUGAACAGAGUGGAGAGGAAUCUGAACAAUCCUCAUCCCUUAAUCAUCAUUCAACACAAAAUGAGAACAAAAUUUCUCCACGUUUUUCAUCUCCAGUCAUUCAAUUUGAAAAUAUGGAAUUGAAUCGUGAAUUUUUAGCAAGACAUGAACGAACACAUAGCUUAAUGUCACGAGAGGAGUAUGAACAAAAAAGAGAAUGGAUUUGUAAACAAUAUAUUGAGGCUUCAUCAUUAUUUACAGAGUAUGAUGAAGAGGAUGAUUCAGCUGAUCAUUUAAUUUAUCCAUUAGAAGAUUUCAAUGAACAAGAUUUGAAAAUUUCACACCAUGGUCAAGAAUCUCCUCAUCAUCAUCAGCAACAACUAUCAACAACAACAACCAAAAUUCAAACCAAUACGAUUACAUCCACUACACCCUUUUCUAAAGAUGGCACAAUAGAAGAAACAUUGAUUGAACAUCCAUGCAAGACCAUCCUUGGACCAAAUUCUUCCACCACAGCAACAACUUCAUCUCAACCAUUCAUGAAUUCAUCUCUUUCACAACCUUCUGCUCCACACUUGACAUCGUCCCAUGCAACAUUUUCAACUCAUUUACCCAAAAUUCAAACUUCACAUUCCAAAGUUGGAAAAAAACUCACAUCCAUUCUUAACAUGCUCAAUGAUGCACAACAUUACUCUUCUCAAGCGAAUAUAAUUCCAUCCUCUUCGAAUACUGUUUCUAACAACAAAUUAUAUUUGAAACGAACGAGUAUUGAAAGUAAUGAAGAAGAUCAUGAUUCGAGUCAUCCUCCUCACAUGUUUUACAACCACCAUUUGAAAGGAAAUAGACAUUCCAUGGCAUCCUCAACCAUGAGUAAUUACACAUCUACAUCAACUACUAGUACUGCCAUGGAUAGGACAAGUGUUGAUGCUUCUUCAGAAUCUGGAAAUAUUAGUCAAACCAGUCAUUAUUAUUUAGAUCCAAUGAUUUACAAAUUUUCAUACUUGGAAUUGAAAGAUAAAUUUCCAAAAGGUGUCAAACAAAAUGAAAAGGAAAAGUAUUUGAGUGACGAAGAGUUUAUUAAGGUUUUUGAAAUGGAUCGAAAGACCUUUGAGGAAUUAAAUAUCAGUAGAAAGAGAAGACUAAAAAUUGAGAAGGGUCUAUUUUAA